AUGGAAGAAAGGUUUCUCAAAAAUAAUGCUGAAUGGCUGAAUACUUCAAUUUCAUUUCAAAAUAGAGAAGAAAUAAAGACUCUCAAAAACAAACGGGAUCGCCCAGAAAUAUCAUUUGAAUCGAGUUCUGAGAGAACCAAGCGAUUAAAAACAAAGAAGUUGAGGGAUUCUACACCAAACCCACGUCCAGCUUCUACUAGAUACUGCAGGCCAAUAAAAAUUGAAUUUAUUAAAGAGUCAACUGAAGUUUCAAUAAUGGAGAAAAACAGAAUAGACGACCAAAUAAAACAGUUACGGAAAAGCACUUCUAUAAUUCAAGGAAAAUCUUUGAAUAAAAGUCAUAAUUUAAUAUUUGCCAUGGUCGACGGCAAAGUAUGUAACGCGCUUACUGCCACAACAUCCGCACAAAAAUGCUUUAUAUGUGGCGCAACAUCCAAAGAUUUUAAUCGUAUUGACGAGAUGAUUAAGAGAAAAAUAAAAACUGAAAACUUGGAAACGCAUGUUUGA